AUGGAGGCAAAUGAUGUGGAUUCGUUCGAUGAAGAUUCGCAGAUUGAGAAGGAGAAUCAACAACAGGAGACUCAGCCUGUACCGAGAGACGAGGACUAUGAUUCAUUUGAUGACGAUAUUCUAAUAGCUACGCCAGCAAAGCUUCCAGUUCAUAUCGAUGCGGGCUCGAAAGCACCCGAUUUCCUCGACGAGGACCCAAUUUCUCCUUCAAAUGCUUCUUCACAUUCUCUAAAAACGGAAGGAACACAAACAGAGCCUGUUGUUUGCGAGCCGCUUAAUGUCAAUGAUGACGCUGAAUUCUCCGAAACACCGACGCUAACGUCACCAAAGAUACUAGGAAAUCAUCCAACAUCUUCUCUACCAACACCAUCAGCUCUGAAAGCGUUAAACCGUUAUUUUGGCUACGAGACAUUUCGACCGUUGCAAUGGGAUAUCAUUCGAGGCUCGUUGGAUGGAAAGGAUCAAUUGGUUGUGAUGAGCACGGGUUACGGAAAAUCGGUAUGCUUUCAACUUAAGUCGUUGAUUUGCGGUGAUUUGACAAUUGUGAUUUCUCCUUUGAUCUCACUCAUGGAUGAUCAAGUCUCGAAUUUGAGAUCCAAUUCAAUUCAAGCAUCUACACUAAAUUCUCAAACAAAUGCCGCCGAAAGAGAAGAAAUUUUGGAGAAAGCACAAAAUGGAACCUUAAGGUUCUUGUAUCUGACACCGGAGUUUAUUCAAGUCAGCGAAAACAUCUUGUCGUCGCUAAAACAUCGUGUUGGCUUGAUUGCGAUUGACGAGGCACAUUGUGUGUCACAAUGGGGGCACGAUUUUCGAAGUGAUUACCGAAAGCUGGCUGAUUUACGCAACAUAUUCCCUGGAGUGCCUUUCAUGGCUGUCACUGCAACGGCGACGGCACAAGUCUGCCAGGAUAUUAUCAAGUCCCUUGACAUGAAAAGCGCGAAAACUUUCAAGACGAGUUUCAAUAGGAAGAACUUGUUCCUGUCCGUCAAUCAAAAAGGCUCUGUCAUAGAGUACGAUCUGCGUCCACUGCUCAUGGAAAGCCAAACAAUUAAAGGAAAGCAUUUUGGAGGACCAGCUGUUAUUUAUUGUUUUACGAGGGCGAUGGUCACUAAAGUAGGAGAAGCGCUUUUGAAACUCGGUGUAAACUGCGCUUGCUAUCAUGCUGGUCUGUCGGAAAAAGUUCGUCGAGAAACCCAUCAAGGGUUUAUUCGUGAUGAGGUAUCAACUGUGGUCGCGACAGUUGCUUUUGGAAUGGGAAUCGAUAAACCCGAUGUUCGAAUGGUUAUUCAUUAUGGAGCUCCAAAAGAUAUCGAGUCUUACUAUCAAGAGAUUGGACGAGCUGGUCGCGAUGGAAAGCCUUCACAAUGCAUCACUUUCUUCAAUGCUGGUGAUAUGGUCAAAAGGAGAAGUGUAAUCAGCAAAGAACCGAAGGCAGCUCAUCAUUUGAGGAUGUUGGAGGAUAUGGAAGCUUUCUUGACCACGAACGAAUGUCGGCGACAUGUUUUGCUUUGCCAUUUUGGAGAGGUCGGAAUGAACGAGAUACGACCGGAAUGUUGUGACAGUUGCGAUGCGAACAUUGCACGAAGGGAAUCGGGAAAAGCCUUGGAUGUGGAAGUUGGAAAAGAAGCCAGGAUCGUUCUGCAUACUGUGACCAAAGUGUACUAUAAUCGCAAAGGAGUGACUGGUGUGAUUGAAUUCAUUCGUGGCUCGACCUCCCAACAAAGUAUGGCUCGAGGGGCGAACGCUCCCUUCUUCGGCGCUGGUGCUGAGAGGAAUAUUGAAUGGUGGAAAGCGUUAAUUUCUCAAAUGAUCAUCUCGAAACUUCUCACCAAAGAGACGACCAGUAUGGCAAAUGGAUACGGAGGCACUAUUCUUUGUUGUACACCAGCUGGACAAUCAUGGUACGAUUUGAAACAACAAAGCCUGAAAGUUCCGGCCAACGAAAUUUUGUUAUCCUCUGGCGCUCGUGGAGCUAAACGCGCUGCUGGUGAUGCUGUGGAUAAGUACAAAAUUGGUAUCAUCAACGGAUCGAUUCAAAAAUCUGGUGAGGAAGUGAAGAUUCUCGGUUCGACUCGGAAGAACGCUUACACGUUUGCCGCGAAUGUUGGCUCGGAUGACCGGUCGUGUACGGGGAAAAAUAUCAAAGACUUACGUGUUGUACUUGAGCAACUUCGGACAGAAGAAGCGGCUCAGUUUGAUAUGCCACCAUUUCAAGUGGCAAGUAACUCGGUGCUUGAUCAACUUGUGGCAAUUCGUCCAACAAACUCUGAAGAGGUCGAUAGGAUCAAUGGAUGGCCAGUCGAGAAGAAACGACUUUUCGCCGAAAUAUUCAUGAAGACGAUUGCAACGUUUUGCGAAGAGAACAAUCUUGGAACAAAUGUGUCUGAUGCAACGAGUGUUCUAUUAUCACCAGAGCAAGAAGGUAUCGUCAAGAACUCUCUCACUCCUAGCCAAGCGGCCGCUUAUUUGAUGCAUUUAGAAAAUGCUGCUUCAUUAAAAGACGUUGCUUUUGCUCGCGGAAUCUCAGAGGCAACAGUAUGCGGUUACAUUGUUGCAGCAAUUGAUCACGGCCUUCCUGUGCAUCAAAGCGCUUUGGGACUGACAGCCAGGAGAAUGCAACUACUUGAGGCUGCAAUUAAUGAAAAUGGGAGAGAUGUUUCUCGUUUGAAGCCACUUAUGGAGAGGCUCCCACCAGAGGCUAUGGACUAUAAUGUGUUGAAGUUUCUUAUGCGCAUCCUCAUUUACGAAUUUGGAACAGAAGAGACGACUCAACCAUCAACAAGUGCCCAAAAUACCACCGGAGUUCCCGAUUGGAUGGCCAAGCUUGCCUACCAAAAAUCCGACGCAAAACGAUUUCGAAAA